GAGCUGCGCGUGGCGCGUGGCUUAAGGCUGCGGAGUUGCCGAGGCCCAUGCCGGAGUGGGUCUGGCCAGAACGUCGGCCUCCGAGAUGGCUCUGAGUAAAUCAAUGCAUGCAAGAAAUAGAUACAAGGACAAACCUCCUGAUUUCGCCUAUCUGGCAUCCAAAUACCCAGAUUUUAAGCAGCAUGUCCAGAUAAACCUGAAUGGAAGAGUGAGCCUCAAUUUUAAAGACCCUGAAGCAGUCAGAGCUCUGACUUGUACUCUCCUAAGGGAAGAUUUUGGACUUUCUAUUGAUAUUCCACUGGAGAGACUCAUCCCGACGGUUCCUUUGAGACUCAACUAUAUUCAUUGGGUAGAAGAUCUAAUUGGUCACCAGGACUCUGACAAAAGUGCUCUGCGAAGAGGAAUUGAUAUAGGUACCGGGGCAUCCUGCAUCUAUCCCUUACUCGGAGCAACUUUAAAUGGCUGGUAUUUCCUCGCCACAGAAGUGGAUGAUAUGUGCUUCAACUAUGCAAAGAAAAAUGUGGAACAGAAUAACUUAUCUGAUCUCAUAAAAGUGGUAAAAGUACCCCAGAAGACCCUCCUGAUGGAUGCUCUUAAAGAAGAAUGUGAGAUAAUCUAUGAUUUUUGCAUGUGCAACCCUCCCUUUUUUGCCAACCAAUUGGAAGCCAAGGGUGUAAAUUCUCGGAAUGCUCGAAGACCCCCACCAAGUUCUGUGAACACUGGAGGUAUCACAGAGAUCAUGGCAGAAGGGGGUGAAUUAGAAUUUAUCAAAAGGAUCAUCCAUGACAGUUUACAACUUAAAAAAAGAUUAAGGUGGUAUAGCUGUAUGCUGGGCAAGAAAUGCAGCCUGGCUCCUCUCAAAGAAGAGUUGCGCAUUCAAGGGGUUCCCAAAGUCACCUACACUGAGUUCUGUCAAGGUCGGACCAUGAGAUGGGCUUUAGCGUGGAGUUUUUAUGAUGACGUGACAGUACCGUCCCCUCCAAGUAAACGAAGAAAACUGGAGAAGCCUCGAAAGCCCAUUACGUUUGUGGUGCUAGAGUCUGUGAUGAAGGAGUUAUCCCUCAAAGCUUCGUCUUUGGGCUCUGAGACCACAGAAGGCGUAGUCGUUGUGACGACGUGGAUUGAAAAAAUUCUCACUGAUCUGAAGGUCCAGCAUAAACGAGUUCCCUGUGGGAAGGAGGAAGUGAGCCUUUUCCUAACCGCCAUAGAGAACUCCUGGAUUCAUUUAAGGAGAAAGAAAAGAGACCGUGUGAGACAAUUGAGAGAAGUUCCCCGAGCUCCCGAGGGCGCGAUCCAAGCCUUGGAAGAGAAAAGAGCCACCCCCAAAGAGUCUGGCAGUAGCCAGGAUUUGGCCCAGGAGAGUACCCCCUGCGGGCCUGCUCUACCGGAGAGCCAGUCUGUUUCUGUUGAGGGCCAUUGCCCAGGCGAGCAUGCCCUUCCCCAUGAAGAAAAGCCUGAGUCCAUGGAGGAUGAAAGGAGCGAGGGAAAGGGAGGGGUGGAGGUUUGGGAAACUUGCCAAGGUUCCAGCAAUGGAGCCCCGGACCGGGAGGCACCUGAGCAGCUCAGCAACCCAGUGGUGGAUAGGGGGAGCUCUCUCCAGGGAGUGGCUGGGCAGUAUCUCUUUAAGUGUUUGAUAAACGUUAAGAAAGAAGUGGAUGAUGCCUUAGUUGAAAUGCAUUGGGUUGAAGGCCAAAACAGGGAUCUGAUGAACCAGCUGUGUACCUAUAUCCGGAACCAGAUUCUCAGGCUUGUGGCUAGUUAGCGCCGCACACACAAUGCACAGCUGGGACAGUGCCUUAGAAGCAGCUUGCGUUGGGAGGCCAGGAGGAGUUCCACCAUUGGCCCAUUCGUGUCAUUUAAGUGGAUACUCUGAGAACAGAAACAAACUCAUUUUAAAGCCAGCCCCCUCUUCCCCUGGUUGUUGUGGGGUUUUUUGUUUGUUUGUUUUGUUUUUAACUCACAGGGAAAUAUUUUAAUGCUAGUUGAGGAGGAAGUCACUUGUGAGUAUCAGCAACAGCAGGCAGCUGUCAGUAAACUCAGGAUGAAUUUAAACCCCACUGAAACUGCUCCCUUCAGCUUGGACCAGUUCUCUGAGACCCAGAGGCCUGUUGGCAAGGCGAGGCGGCGGCGGUCCUGGAUCAGCGCUGCCUAAGGGGCCGCUCUUCCUCUGGGUGGAGCUCCUUCACCAGGAGAGUCAACUUUCAAGACUAGCGCACCCCCACACCCCCUCACCCCCUCGGGGAACAUCAUCCUCCCUGCCUCGGGCAGGUGGUGGAGAAUCUGGGGGAAACCUGAGUAAUGCCAGAGAGAAGGGCCCCUGGGGAGUGCCUGCUGACAGGUGACUGCCUUCAGGGUGCGCCUUUCUGGAACCACGGGAGAAGACACCGCAGAGUGCAGCUAGUCUCCCACCACCAGCCAUUUUGGAGUGAUUUUCCUGAUGUAUGAUUUUCAUUUGUUUUGACAUCUGAAUCUCACAGAGCUUUGUUUUGUUCUUAAUAUAAAAGUAUUCAGAAUUGAAAA